CCUUCUUCUCACUCAACUUUUCAUUUCUCCUUUUAACAUGUAAAAUCUCAAGUCAACCUCAUCUCAUCAUUUGGUCUUGCUCAAUCUCCUCCUUUUCUUGUUUCUCCUUCCCACUUUAUUCUCCUUUAUUUCUCUUCCUCAACACCAUCACUUUUCUGUCUAUAUAACCACCGGAUUCCGCCAUCAAACUGAUCCCCCACACCCCAUUAACCAUCAAAGUUCAAGUCAUGAAGGUGCACCACUUUGCACGUGGAUUCUGGGAGCAUGAACCUAGUCUUGGAUGCAAGCGGCUGCGCCCGCUCGCUCCUAAGCUUGUCACCACCCCCACCACCACCACGGCCACCACCACGGUUAACGCUUUUGAUCUCAAGAGUUUCAUUAGACCUGAGAGUGGUCCUAGAAAACUUGAAUCUUCCGACUUUGAGAAGAAGGAAUCUGCUCAGGUAGAGGCGCAGCAGGCAGGGGGAACGAGGUGGAAUCCAACGCAAGAACAGAUAGGAAUACUGGAAAUGCUGUACAGAGGCGGGAUGCGAACGCCGAACGCGCAGCAAAUCGAACAGAUCACCGCACAGCUCGGCAAGUAUGGAAAGAUCGAAGGCAAAAACGUGUUCUACUGGUUCCAAAAUCACAAGGCACGCGAGAGGCAGAAGCAAAAGCGCAAUAGUCUCGGCCUCACACACAGUCUAAGAACCUCAGCUUCGCCCUUUACGACAACUACCACCACUAAUUAUCUAUUAUUAUCUACCUCUAAGGAUAAAAAGUUGUUGCAGGGGGAAGAGGGAUUAGAUGUUAGCUCAUACAAGAGAAAGUGGAGGUCAUGGGGAUUUGAUGAAUGCGUAGAAGAAGAAGAAGAAGAAGAUAGCAGAUAUUGUUGUACAGAAGAAGAAGGGGAAGAUAGAACCCUAAAGCUAUUCCCAUUGCACCCGGAAGGAAGAUGUUGAAGGGUUUCUUUAGAAAUAAAUGUUGAUUUCAAUUUUAACUUGAUCUGCGCGCAGGUUAAUUAAGUUGUAAUCUGCUUUUAUUUCCAUGAGGUGGUUCAAUUAUUAUUUUUCUUGCUUUGUGUUUCUUUCUUUCAACAAGGAAAGGAUGAAACACAAAUUGUUGUAUGAACCAUUUUUCUCUAUUCUAAUUUAUUUUUCAUCCAUGCUAUAAA